AUGACUGCAUCCUUUGGCGAGGACGUCCUGUGCGUCUUCGACGUCUGGGAAGAUUCCCGCGACUUCUUGUGCGACGUCAUCCAGUCUCGUACCGCUCCUCGACUCGAAACCCAGCGGCUUCUACACCAGAGCCUAUCAGCAGGGGCCGAGGAUUGGCAUGCUUUGAUCGACUGCGCGACAUCAAUCCAUCAAUCACGACCCUUCCAGCUACACGGCCUCGAUGGUCAAGAUGUUCUCACCUCUCUUUGGCUGAUCCUGUCUGGAUUGAGCAACGGCAAUGCGGUACCGGCAGAAGAGCCCUGGCAAGAGACGGACAGUUUGAUCGCCCUCGCACAGAAACUGGAACGCGACGCCAGUGCCCUGCUAUCGUCAGCUUCAGCCCACUAUGCUCACAAUGGCGACAUUAAGCCCCAAUCGGUUCAACCCAAGAAGAGACAGCAAUCCGCCGGUGCCACGUCGCACUACUGGGACCAUGCUCGUCGGAAGCUCGGCGCCGGAGGCUCCAUGCGGGGCUCCCCAGAGUCAUCGAGCAGCCAGCCGCAGUCUACUUCUCCUCAACAGGCCGAGGAACGCACUUCACGGAAUUUUCACAGCAGCAGUCAGGGCUUGGCUCUGUGGCCUUCCCGCUCGACGUCGUCUCCUUACUUCUCCGCACAGUCACCGUCACAAGGCAAGAGUUCGCCAAAGCGGCCACCGCCCGGAACGGUGCCGUGCGUUCCCUUUCCGCCCUUGCCAUGCUUACAUUUCGGCAUCAUCCAAGAAGAGGUGGCACACGAGCCUUUUUGGCUGCUCAUUGCCGUCACCUUCCUUAUCAAAACCAGCGGACAGCUGGCCAUACCGGCCUUUCGCCGGGUCAAAGAGAGGUUCCCCACGCCCUGGCAGCUCGCUGAUCCGGCCAAUGCGCAAGAACUAUCCGACAUGAUUCGCCACCUGGGGCUGGUUGUUGUCCGCGUCGCCUACAUACAGAAAUAUGCCACUGUUUAUCUGGGCAACCCGCCUCGGCCAGACGUCAGAUACAGAGUCAGGAACUACGACAAGCGGGAUGUCGCGCCUUCACUGGUAGCUGACGACGUGGAGGACCCGGAGGCCUGGGAAAUCGGACACAUGACCCGGGGCAAGUACACUUUGGAUAGCUGGCGAAUAUUUUGCCGCGACCAGCUCCUGGGACGAGCCCAAGACUGGAACGGCAAGGGUCGAGAGCCCGAGUUCCAACCCGAGUGGAUGAGAGUGAUGCCCCAGGACAAGGAGCUGCGAGCCUUCUUGCGAUGGAUGUGGAUGCGUGAGGGGUGGGAGUGGGAUCCGGCAACUGGCGAGCGGACGGUUCUACGAGAGGAAAUGCGACGGGCGGUGGACCAAGGCAGGGUCGAGUACGACGAUGCGGGGGGGCUCAGGAUUCUGGACGAGCCGCCAAAACCGCCAAGGAUGCCUGGAUGA